ACAGCUCUCACCGGAAGUCCACGUCAGUUUCGUCGAGCCGUACUAGGAGUGGCGUCUCAGCCGAACUGGGUUGUUUGUGGGUUUCGCACGAUCCCUUCACACGCACGUCCGAUGGCGGACGAGAGUACGCGCAAAGCCGUGUCUCAGAUCCCGCUGCUGAAAACGCACGCAGGGCCACGGGACCGCGCGCAGUGGCCGCAGCGUCUGAAGGAGGAAUAUCAGGCUCUGAUCCACUUCGUGGAACAGAACAAGGCGGCAGACAACGACUGGUUCCGCCUGGAGUCCAACGCGGACGGCACGCGUUGGACCGGCACGUUCUGGUUCAUCCACGAGCUGCUGCGCUACGAAUUCCGCUUGGAGUUCGACAUCCCGGUGACGUAUCCGUACACGGCGCCGGAAGUGGCGGUGCCGGAAUUGGACGGGAAGACGGCCAAGAUGUACCGCGGCGGGAAGAUCUGCCUGACCGAACACUUCGCGCCCCUGUGGGGCCGCAACGCGCCGCGUUUCGGCCUGGCCCACCUGAUGGCGCUCGGACUCGGACCGUGGAUGGCCGUGGAGAUCCCGGACCUGAUCAGCAAGGGUCACGUGAUCCACAAGGAGCAGCAGCGCAACGUGGAGUGACGCUAAUGACGCGUGGACACUUUUCAGUUUUCAAUAUAGUUCCAGAACUAUCAAAACACAUUUAAACCAUAACAAAAUAAAUGUGUU